AUGGAUGCCAGCAGUGACUACCAUUUCCUCAACCAGAUUUUGUGGAGAAGGGUGAAGCUCACACUGGUGUCUGGCAUCUUUGAGGGCGUGCUCCAGCAUGUGGAUCCUAACAAGAUUGUUGUCCUGAAAAACGUGAAGAACAUAGAGUCAGGCCGAAGUGUCCCAGGAGUGAAAAUGUUUUUCGGGCAUGAGAUUUUGAAUGUGGAACUAAUGGAUGAAGUGGAAGGUGCAUCGGGAGAAAAGGCGAACUCUGUUAGCAUAAAUACAGAACGAGCUGGAAUGGAGAAAAUGAAAAAUGAAGACUUAAAUGUAUGUGAGCCUGCCUCACCUGCACCAGAGGUGCCAACCAGCUCUCUCCUCAGUGACCUCAAGUACUGCCCAUCAGAGGAAGAGGAGGUGACGUACACGGUCAUUGAUCAGUUCCAGCAGAAGUUUGGUGCUGCGAUGCUCCACAUUAAGAAGCAGAGUGUCCUGAGUGUCGCUGCUGAAGGAGCUAAUGUGUGUCGCCAUGGGAAACUCUGUUGGCUUCAGGUAGCCACAAACAGCCGAGUUUACUUGUUUGAUAUUUUCCUUCUGGGAAGCCGUGCUUUCAACAAUGGACUUCAGAUGAUCUUAGAAGACAAGAGAAUCUUAAAGGUUAUCCACGACUGUCGCUGGCUGUCUGAUUGCCUGUCUCAUCAGUACGGGAUCAUGCUGAGCAACGUCUUUGACACACAGGUAGCCGAUGUUCUUCAGUUUUCUAUGGAAACGGGUGGCUUUCUUCCAAACUGUAUCAGUACUUUGCAGGAGUGUUUAAUCAGACACCUUAAAGUUGCCCCCAAAUACCUUUUGUUUUUAGAAGAGAGACAGAAACAGAUUCAGGAAAAUCCAGAAGUAUGGUUGACAAGACCCCUUCCACCCUCUUUAUUGAAAAUCUUGGCCCUGGAAACAGCCUACCUGCUUCCCCUUCGGCUGGUGCUCCUGGAUGAGGUGAUGUCAGAUUUGACCACACUGGUGGAUGCGUACCUGAACACCUACCGGGAUGGGUCUGCAGACCGGCUUGCCGGCACAGAGCCUGCGUGUAUGGAGCUGCCUGCAGAGCUUCUUCAACUCCAGGACUUCCAGAAGCAGCGCAGAGAGAGAGCUGCAAAGGAGUACAGAGUGAACGCACAGGGCCUCCUCAUAAGGACGCUGCUACACCCAAAGGAGCCAGGGGCUCGCACAGUGGGGAAAGAGGAGCACAUCCAGGGUUUCUUAUUUUGUAAGACGUCUGGUGUAGAUCGGGUUCCUCGCUUUAUAUGUCACGACUCUCAUAAGGAUGAGAAUUAUUUGGAUAAAGAGUCUAAACAAACCACAGAAAAGUCUCAAAUCGUACCUCCCCGGAAGGAAGGCGAAAAGAGCAAACCAGUGUGUGGGGAGCCAGCGGGGUCAGAAGACCCGAGAGCCCAGAAAGCCCAGUCCCUGCCUCCCAGGCAGGCAUUUCAGUCACAUUUUUCUUUAAAAGAGGAGAUAGAACAGUUGCUGUUGGUGGAAAAUAAAGGAGCUUUAACAAGCUCAAAUGAAGACACUCUGGUGUCGCCUUCUCUUCCUCAGGAAGCCUGGGAAGCACCAAGUGAAAGCUCCCAUCUUCCCGAAAAUGCUGUGGUUUCUGCACUUCCGCCCUGUCCAGCCCUGGAGAAGACAGAUCCAUGGAUAAGUCCGUCUCUAAAUCUGUUUUAGGAUUGUCGCUGAGGCCAACAGAGUCCCUGUGAGUUUCUCAUGGGGUCGGUUGGUUAGGUCUCAGCCACAGGCUUCAGGGGAAAAUGGUGGCCUUAGGCUUAGUGCUGAAGCCCGCUGUCUGGAUCAGGAGGGGCCUAAGAAGAGCAGCAAUGGG